AUGUCAUCGGAAGACAAUCACAAAAGCCCAGUCAAGAAAGAUGAAGUGGAGACAAAACCAAAAAAGGAUAACAAAAAGCCAGUAACAAAAGAAGAAAAAGACACAAAAAAAACACCCAGAAAAUCCACAAAAACGUCAAAGCCACAAGAAACAGAGGAAGAGUUUAAAGAAAAGGUUGGGUUCGAAUACGAUGAGAUUUUUAGACUAUCGAACACAAAGGUUUGCCAAAAGAGUGGCUUUAAAGGUAAGACGUAUCUUGGCAUUCGUGAAAUAUAUGAGAAAGAUGGGAAGUACCAGUUAGGGAAGAAAGGGAUAAACAUGAACCAAGAUGAGUUUGCCAUCUUUUCCGAGCACUUCAAUGAUAUCAAAGAGUGGAUGAAAUAA